UCAUGUUUGAAAAGUAAAAGGGUACCUCAUUUGCUCUCUAUAAAUGCUUUUUAUUUUUGGACAACGAUAUCUCAUUGGCUCAGAACUUCCUUUGCUAUUUCCAAGAAAUCUGCUAAAAAUGAAUGGCUUCUCCUCUCCUCUAGCUCACACAAGCAGAAGAUUAGAAGGGAAAAUAGCUAUUGUAACUGGAGGAGCUAGUGGAUUUGGAGAAAGUACGGUGAGGCUGUUCUUACAAAAUGGUGCAAAGGUUGUUAUAGCAGAUGUUCAAGACGAAAUAGGCCACUCCCUUUGCAACAAUCUCCUCAAUUGUCCUAAUACCAACAACAAUGUUACAUACAUACAUUGUGAUGUAACAAACGUCUCCGACAUGGAAAACCUCAUCGAUGCGACAAUUUCCAAGUAUGGCAAACUCGACAUCAUGUUCAACAAUGCAGGAAUCACAGGUAAUAUCGAUUACAACAUAAUUGACGCGGAUAACGAGAAUUUCAAAAGGGUAUUUGAUGUUAACGUGUAUGGAUCUUUUCUCGGGGCGAAAUAUGCUGCUAGGGUCAUGAUCCCAGCUAAGAAAGGUGUCAUUCUUUUUACAUCUAGCGCAGCCUCAGUCUCUUCAGGAGAAUCACCACAUCCAUACGCUACUUCGAAGCAUGCAGUUGUUGGACUAAUGAAGAAUUUGAGUGCUGAAUUGGGACAACAUGGGAUCAGGGUGAACUGUAUCUCACCGGGCGCGGUGGCAACGCCAUUUUUAGUGAAGGCAAUGGGAGUUGAUAAGAGUGUGGUUGAUGGGAUUAUUUGCUCGUCGGCGAAUUUGAAAGGGGUGGUGCCGACACCGGAGGAUGUGGCGGAGGCGGCGUUGUAUUUGGCUAGUGAUGAAUCUAAGUAUGUAAGUGGAGUUAAUCUUGUGAUUGAUGGAGGUUAUAGCGGUACUAAUACGACUUACAUUAAAACAAUCCAAAGUGUAUUAUCUUCGGUGUAGUGUCUUGAUCACUGAUGUUCAGUACUUGCUUUUGGGCCCGACCAAUUCGGAAUCGUGCUGUAUAAGGCUCUUUAAAGGAGAAAUCUUUCUAUCAAGAUUCUUGUUAUUCCCAAAAUACAACUAUAAGUUUUCUUUGUUUUUUCUUAAAUUUCUCAAUAAGUUUUUAAAUUUUCCUUUGUGGAAACGAAGAUUGUUAUGAUUAUUGAAUGACAUUGGGAUGUAAUAUUUGAAGAAAUAUAACUUUAUUUCAAUUUGUCUGGCUGA